ACAAGUCCAUGGUAGAAUCAUUCCAAUCAGUGAAUUGAAUGGAGAAGACCAAGACUUUCCGGGUCUACUCCUGAAGCAAGUAGACAAAUCUUUCACUAUGCCCACUGCUGCUAUUAUGAUUUAUAUAAACAUCAAUAAUACACUUCUUCUCCGAUCAAACUACUCUUCCACCAUGUUCACCUUCAUCUUUCUUUGGAUCCUCUUCUUCUCAACCACCACCACCACCACCGCCCAACCAUACAACGCCACCGAUCACUUCCUCCUUGCGUGCGGUGCAUCCUCCACCACCACCUCUUCCGACAGGAGAUCAUGGGAUGGCGAUGAGGGCUCUAAAUUCACCGCCGCCAACAAUGCCACCGCCUCCUUUCCAUCCACACCUUUCGUCCAAGGUCCUUCCGUCUCCCAAAUACCUUACACCACCGCUCGAAUCUUUAACGCUUCUUCAUACACCUACACAUUUCCUGUCUCCGUAGGCCCCAAAUUCCUCCGUCUUCAUUUCUAUCCGGCCACCUACUCUGACCUCCAGCCAAACCAGUCUUUCUUCUCCGUAUCAGCAAAUGGCUACACUCUCUUAACCAACUUCAGCGCUUUCCUAGCGGCCUCCUUCAUCGAAAACAUCCGCUCCGAUGCCGGAGUGGGAGGGGCCCAGCUGCUUUCCUACUUUGUCAAAGAAUUCAUCAUUUAUGUAAAAGAUGCACAAAUCCUGAACCUUACCUUUACACCCGAACCCAACUCGUAUGCCUUCAUCAACGGUAUUGAAAUUGUCUCGAUGCCGGAAAAUCUGUAUUUUAACGGUGAGAACUUGAACUACGUGGGUCUAACUACAGGGCCUAAGAUUGCUGACGGCAUGGCUCUCGAAACUAUGUACAGGCUAAACGUGGGUGGGGGAUAUAUAUCCGGUAACGAUGAUACCGGCACCGGCGGCAUGUAUCGAUCAUGGGAACCAGAUCCUGAUUACAUAUUCGGUGCAGCUUAUGGGCUAACACCAAGUGCAACGACUCCGAUCACGUACACCAUGGAGACACCUAAUUACACAGCACCUGAGCAAGUUUAUGCUACCCAAAGGAGUAUGRGCAACCUGUCGGAACACUACAAUCUGACUUGGAKACUUCCAGUUGAUUCUGGGUUCUAUUACAUGAUCAGACUCCAUUUUUGCAAUAUCAUACCACAAUACAAUAGAAGUGGUCAGAUGGUCUUUACGAUUUUCAUGAAUAAUCAAACUGCUGAGAAGGAGGCUGAUCCAUUGUACUGGACUCAAGGUAACGGAAAUCCGGUGUUCAAGGACUACGUUUUGUUUGUCAGUGAUCCAGAUAAUCGCGAAAGCAAGCAAGACCUGUGGCUGACGAUGCAUCCUAACUUUGGUGCCUCGGCAGAAUACCUUGAUGCUUAUCUGAAUGGUUUAGAAGCCUUCAAGUUGAGUAAGGUUGGUAGUCUUGCUAGCCCCAAUCCAGAGCUUAGUUUUAGAACCCCACUGCCAACGCCCUCAUCUCCGAUAAAAGUGAACAAGAAUAAAACUCCAUAUGCCGCAAUAAUUGGAGGAGUUGGGGGAGGGUUAGUCUUCUUGUCUCUUUUAGUUCUUAUAGUUUUCCGACGACGGAGACGAGUCAAAAACUAUGGCGCCGACGACAAGUCAUCCUAUGGCCCAGCUUCUUUUGAAUCAAAAUCUACAUAUUCUUGCCACUCUUCACUGCCAUCAGAUCGCUGCCGUCGUUUUUCACUUACAGAAGUGAAAGCAGCUACCCGUGAGUUUAACGACAAUUGCAUUAUAGGCCAUGGCGGGUUCGGGAAGGUGUAUAAAGGGUACAUAGACAACGGAACAACAACCGUUGCAAUCAAGCGGCUCAACUCAUCAUCCAGCCAAGGUUCUCACGAAUUCCUCACAGAAAUAGGGAUGCUAUCGAAACUACGCCAUGUCCAUCUAGUGUCCUUGAUUGGAUAUUGUGACGACGAUGAAGAGAUGGUGCUGGUGUAUGACUACAUGGCUCACGGUACUCUACGAGACCAUCUAUACAAGUCGAACAACCCUCCUUUGUCAUGGAAAAGGCGUCUCCAUAUUUGCAUCGGUGCAGCACGAGGGUUGCAUUAUCUCCACACGAGUGCGAAACGCAGGAUAAUUCACAGAGAUGUCAAGUCCACAAAUAUUUUACUGGAUGAGAAUUGGGUGGCUAAGGUUUCUGAUUUCGGCUUGUCAAAGCUAGGCCCCAACGACCCAUCGCAAACCCACGUUAGCACAGUCGUGAAAGGUAGUAUGGGGUAUGUGGAUCCCGAAUAUUACCAAAGACAGCAGCUCACAGAUAAAUCCGACGUCUACUCAUUUGGAGUCGUUCUGCUUGAAGUUUUGUGUGCAAGACCUGCUAUGAUUCCAGGUCGGGGGAAAGAACAAGCGAGUUUGGCAGAAUGGGGCAAGUAUAGUUAUCGGAAGGGGAUCCUCGAUCAGAUAAUUGAUCCAAAACUAAGAGAUGAGAUUGCACCGGAGAGCUUAACGAAGUUCGGAGAGGUAGCAAAUAGUUGCUUGAAAGAGAAAGGGUGCGAUCGAUUAACCAUGGAAGAAGUCGUUUAUAAACUAGAGUUAGCAUUGGAAGUACAAGAAAGUGUUGAGAAAACAGGAGGUGGGGUGGUGUUGGAAAAUCAUGAAGUCCCGUUUCUGAGGCAUGGUGAGGCAACGACAACGGAUGACGAUGUGUUCUCGGGAUCGUCGGCAAUGAGAAAUGGAACGUCUUCGAUUAGUAGUACCAGCGAAGGGUUCAAGUCAGAUACAGUUUUCUCGGAGAUGGGGAAGCCAACAGGAAGGUGAUAUAAU